GACAUCAACAAGCGGCUGUCGCUGCCGGCCGACAUUCGGCUCCCCGAGGGCUGCCUGGAGCGCCUGGUGCUGCCCUCCCCACUCAGCCGCCGCCUGCGCCGCGUCUCCCUGUCGGAGAUCGGCUUUGGCAAACUGGAGACGUACGUCAAACUGGACAAACUGGGAGAGGGCACGUACGCCACGGUGUACAAGGGCCGCUCCAAGCUGACCGAGAACCUGGUGGCCCUCAAGGAGAUCCGCCUGGAGCACGAGGAGGGCGCCCCUUGCACGGCCAUCCGCGAGGUGUCGCUGCUGAAGGACCUGAAGCACGCCAACGUGGUCACCUUGCACGACAUCAUUCACACGCAGAGCUGCCUCACGCUCGUCUUCGAGUACCUCGAUCGGGACCUGAAACAGUACCUGGACGACUGCGGCAGCGUCAUCAACAUGCACAACGUCAAGCUGUUCCUGUUUCAGCUGCUGCGGGGUUUGGCCUUCUGUCACCGUCACAAAGUGCUGCACCGCGACCUGAAACCCCAAAACCUCCUCCUCAGCCGGAGGGGGGAACUGAAGUUGGCCGACUUCGGGUUGGCGCGGGCGAAGUCGAUCCCCACCAAGACGUACUCCAACGAGGUGGUGACGCUGUGGUACCGCCCCCCCGACAUCCUGCUGGGCUCCACCGAGUACUCCACGCAGAUCGACAUGUGGGGCGUGGGCUGCAUCUUCUCGGAGAUGGUGACGGGGCGGCCGCUGUUCCCCGGAGCCACAGCGGAGGAGCAGCUGCACUUCAUCUUCCGAAUGCUGGGUGAGGGGAUUCGGGGUUUUGGGGGGGG